GCCUUUAUUUUGGAGGGGUUUAAUCUCUUCUCAAGUUGUGGCUGAUCUUGGCGAUUUGGAAUCCUUGCGCAUACUCUGCAAUGGAUCAGUCACACGAUGUAUGCUCCGUGCCAGUUUUCUUACCUACUGAGAGUUUGGGAUACCGAAGUGAAAGUUUUGCGAGCGGAUGAUCCAGGCCAGUACCCUACUGGUCCUAGCGGUCAAAGGUCUGGAAACAGAGCAGGCUGAAGGAAAAUUUGGCGGGAAAUGGUGACGUAUGAUCAGCACAGCCAAUGGGGCGACGCCGUUCAAAACCGCCCACCACACAUUUUGCAAGGCCUGCCACGCCCAGAUAUUUGAGCUGUGUGCACCCGGUCCACGUGAACCAAGGCCUCUGCACACCAUCAGGAAUCCUUCUGCUCACAGCUCACCUCACCUCACCGCAUCGGCAUCACCUCUACAGUGCGCGCCGCCCACGCCGCGAUGUCACUAAGGCGCCUUCUUGGCAUCUCCGCCGGCGUCUCCGGCCGCCUACGCCGCUCCCUCUCCACGGGCGCCACCUCCCGUCCUCCCUGGGUCAUGUUCGAGCAGGCGGCAGCGGCCGGCGGGUUGCGACUGCGCUCGUCCGCGCUCAUCGUCGAGCCGCCGGGCUUCUCCCAACUCUCCGUGCCGGCGCUCAACGUCAACACCAGCGACGUCCCCGACCCCGACAGCGACGUCGUGCAGAUCCUCUGCGGCAAGGUGUGCUCCGCGAGCGUCGACGGCCUCGUCCUCGUCACCGUCUACGACAUGCGCGCCCCGGCCCCCAUCCUCGCCAAGCAGGGCGCCCAUCACGUCCGCCAGAUGAUCACGGAGAUCGUCCCCGAGCACUACCCAGACACCACGCGCUUCCUCUGCAACCCGCUCACCGGCCAAGUGGCCCGCCUCCCUGACAUCGGGGACGGCCCGACGCAGCUCCUGUGCGGCCCUCACAUGGGCGUCCUCACCCAAGCCGACCGCGGGCACGGGCCGCCGGACAGGCUCGCCGUGGCGGAGCUGCAGGGGAACAGGAUCCUCCGGUUUCUCUCCGACACGGGCGGCUGGGAGCUCGCGGCCACCGCGCCGUACCAACUCCCGCUUGCGCGCCGAGUGUACUUCGAGAGGGGCCAGCACGACCAAGAGGCGGUUGCCUUCGGCGGCCGGCUGUGGUGGGUGGACCUGACCUGGGGUGCCAUCUCGGCGGACCCGUUCAGCGACAGGCCGGAGCCCCGGUUCGUGGAGCUACCCAGGGGCAGCGUGCUCCCUGCGCGCAUCGAAGCGCCGACCGGGAGGUUGCUUCGUACCGUUGAGGAAGGCGAGGCCUUGCGGAGAGGUGGGCUGGGUAGGUACCGGCGCAUGGGGGUCAGCGACGGAAGGCUGCGGUAUGCCGAGGUGUGGAAUCGGGAGCCGUUCGUGCUCAGCGUCUUCACGCUGGACGACGAGGGCAGCGCCUGGACGCUGGAGCACCGCCUGGUGCUCAGCCGUCUCUGGGCCGACGGAGACCAUCCGUGGCUGCCUUUGCUGGAGAAGACCACGCCUCAAAUUAGCGCCCUUGACCCACUCAACAGCAAUGUCAUCUACCUGUCGGUCGGAGAGCACAUCCUCGUCGUGGACAUGAACAGGGAGGAGGUGAUUGGGAGUUCUCCGAAGGACGGCACCAGUUCCUGUGUCACAUGCGUGCUUCCACCCUGGCUUGAUUCCAGCCGGAUCCCUGCUGCAGGCAAGAAGGAUGAUGGGGAAAACAAGACUUUGGCAGAUGUUCUGGUUCGUUCUGGUGGAAGUCACAUGAACUGAAGUGCACCAAGUUACAAGUCGAUGUAUCUCGGUACUGUGUUACAUAUAUCU